AUGCACCUCUUAUCAGAAUCCGACGUCGCCCAGAUCCUCCGCAAACUAACACAAGAACAAUGCUACGAGUUUCUGCACACCCUCGACGAAGCCCUCGUUACUGUCUCAGCACAAAAAACCUCACCAGACUCCGAACGCCUAGUCCACCAACCGCUCCGCACAACCAUCACAACGAAAGAUGAGAACCUCUCGCUCUUCAUGCCCGUCUCCAACACGGCCAGCACGGGCAUCAAAAUCGUAACUGCCUCCAAGUCCCAUGGCAUCAUCGGCGUGAUCAACAUCUUCUCGCCCAAAGGCGAGCUUCUGGGCUUAUUGAGCGCCGCGGAGAUCACGGCGUUUCGCACAGCGCUCGCGAUCAUGUCUCUUUUCGUUCGCUGCAAGUCGCUGAAGAAGGAGAAUAUCAUUAUUUUUGGCUCUGGACGUCAGUCCGAGUGGCAUGCACGUCUAGCCCUCCUCUUGGUCCCCGAUGAGGUCAAGAGAAUCACGUUCAUCAACCGAGGACGCAAGCGGCUGGAUGAGCUAGAGAGCACCGUAAUCAGAGAUCUCAGACGCUCCCAUCCAAGUAUCAACAUGCAUACUCUGUCAAAAGAAGGAACAGCCGACUACGACGAGCGUCUCCGCUCCGAACUCGCGCAGUGCGACGUCAUCUUCAGCUGCACGCCAUCUACAGAGCCAAACUUCCCAAACUCCUACCUGCAGCCCUUUAAGCCCCGAUUCAUCUCGCUGAUCGGCUCGUACAGGCCGCAUAUGCAGGAGAUUGACUCCGAGACGCUGCUCUCUGGUGGAGGGAAAGUGUAUGUGGAUUCGAAGGAGGCUUGCUUGGAGGAGUCGGGCGAACUCAUUAAGGCUCGGGUUACGGAGGAUCAGCUUCUGGAGCUUGGGGAGUUGUACCAAUCUUUGGGAAAUGAGGCGAUUGGGGUGCCGGAUGGGUGUAAUGUGGUGAUGAAGUGUGUGGGGAUGGGGAUUAUGGAUUUGGUGAUUGGAAAGAAGUUGCUUGAUGUAGGGACGGAGAGGGGGAUUGGGAUGGAGGUGGGCGGUUUUUGA